AUGACUGAUAUGCUAAAUAAAAAUGGACGCUUUGCUUUAGCAGCUGAAUAUUGUGCUAAUCAUGUUGCCGACUUUACAAAUGAUGAACUACUUGAACUUUACGGCUUUUAUAAACAAGCAACAGUUGGAGAUUGUAUCACUACUAGUACAUCACUUCUCUCCGUUUUCAGUAUGAAGGAUAAAGCAAAAUCUAAAGCGUGGAGUGCAUUACGUGGUAUGAAACCUGAGCAUGCGGCUGAUAAAUAUAUUGAACUCAUAUGCAAGAAAAACCCUAAAUGGGAAGAACCGUCAUACAAUGGUAAGAUUCAUGAAAUAUUAUUUGUUAAGGGUGUUUCCACACCUAUUAAGGAUUCAGUUUUAUAUGAAUCAGAGGAAAGAUUUAAUAAGCAGAGUAUUUAUAUACUAAAUAACUUAAUUGACUCUGAUAUUGAUAUAAACUCACCUCUUGUUUCUGCUGCAUUUUUUACUCAGGUAACUAAUAAUAAUAUCAAGCUAAUUAGUAAAGUUUUAAGAUAUUUUCCAACAUUGUCCAGCCUGAUCUGCCUAGAUGGAACUCCUGUUAUACAUUAUGCGUGUGACAGAGGGUGUGUUGAGAUUUGUGAAAUUCUUCUGUAUUACGGUGCAGAUCCUAAUGCUCAAGACUCUUUUGGAGACACUCCAGUACAUAUAUCCUGUAUUGCAGAACAGCUUGAAUGUAUAAGAAUACUUAAGAAAUAUGGUGCUGAUUUGACAAUUAAGAACUAUGAUGGAGAAACUCCGGCCGAUGUUGCACCUAUUGAGGAAAUUUUGAGUUUAGUCAGUUUGAUAUAA